AUGUCCCUUCGCGCGCUCGCCCGUUCGCUCAAAAGUGGACGCGUCGCCAAGGAUGUUAUCGCGCGACGCGGUGGGAUCGACGCGCGCGCGCUCGGCGUUCGCGGCGUCGACGUCGAUGACGGUUUGUUUCUUCGCGAGCCCGCAGCCGCGUCAGCUCUGCGCAGCUUCACGAGCGUCGCGAGUGAUCAAACGAGCGACGUAGGGCGUAGUAUGAUGUCGUGGACCGUCGCGCGAUCGAGCGCGGCGUCGACGACGCGCGCGUACAGUAAGAAAAAGGGGAAGAAACAAGUCGUGGAGGAGCGAGCGGCGACGGCGAGCGACGAGGAAGAGAGCGGAUCGGACGACGAGGACGAGAGCGAGGACGAGGCGUACGACGCCAAAGUUUGGGAGAGUAAGUUUGAGCAGGCGGUACACGCGCUCGAUGUCGAUUUAUCACACCUACGAACGGCGCGCGCGUCAGAAGGAAUGAUUGAUCACAUUAUAGUCGAUGUAUACGGCGCUCCGACGCCGCUAUCCCACGUGGCGACGAUAACGGCGCCGAACGCGCAGACGCUCUCGGUGACGCUCUUCGAUCCGAGCACGAAACCGAGCGUGGAGAAAGCAAUCAUGAACUCACCGCUCGGGCUCGUCCCUCGAGCGACGAGCGACGGAUUGAUCGUACCGAUACCCGCCAUGACCCAGGACACGCGCAAGGAGGUGUGCAAGCUCGCGCACAAGCUCGGCGAGACAGCUAAGAUUGCCGCGCGUAACAUUCGCCACAAGGCGCUCAAGCACAUCAAGCGCGCCGCGGCAUCCGAGGACGAACAAAAGCGACUCGAAAAGGCACUUCAGGCGGUCGCCGACGACACCGCGAGCAAAAUUGCGAGCAGAGUGGCCGCCAAGGAUAAGGAGAUAAUGACGCUGUGA